AUGGCUAUUGAUCUUGAACUUUGGUGGCUUCGUAGUCUAUCAUUCAUUAUUUUGGUGCCAUUUCUUGGAUCAUACCUUGUAUCGAUUGGAUUAAUGGUUAAAGAUCUUGCAUUUUUCAUACUUAUUAUUCUAAUUGUUAUGAUUGGUUAUGGUGUUGCAUCUCGUUCCAUGGUUUCUUAUCCAGUAGUAAGCAAUUCUACUAUAGAAGCAAAUUAUUCCAUAGAUACUAGCUUUGAUGGUAGACUUAUGUUGUAUCAGGUUUUCUAUCCUGUUUACUAUUUCUUAUACGGAGAUUUUGAUGAGGAAUUAGAGAAUCUUGACCGUUUUCCGGAUGCGCGAUGGUCAAUAGCCAGCCAUAUACUACUUGCUGUUCAUUUAAUUCUUCUAAAUAUCUUAUUAACAAAUUUACUCAUAGCUAUCUUCACUAAGCGAUUUGAACAAGUUUAUACAGAUGCACAAAAUGUUUGGCAUUCACAAAAAUAUGUACUUACACGUGAAUAUUUUGUACGUUCACCAUUUUUACCACCAAUAAGUCUUCUUUGUGAUAUUGCUACUUUAUCUCGUAUGUUUUACUCAUGGACAAUGCGAAAAUAUUUCGAUAAAUCAGUGUAUCAUUAUGGUCGAGUAUUCAAAAUGAUUCCUACAAAGAGAGAUACGAUUAAAGAAUGGAAUUAUUUUGAAUAUGUAUUUACAUCAGAAUUUGCUAAUGAUCAAGUAAAAAGUGUAUCUACUAAGUAAGAUGAAUAACAUAAAAUUUAUUUUCUUAGGCAACUCGAAUGAAAGGACAGGGGCGCAUAAGAAGCCGAUUUGGCCCAUAGGAUAUUUUCAGUCAUUUUAUCGCCUAUCCUAUUCAGAAAAAUGUGGUGAUUCUUUUGGUAACAAUUUCAAGUCAAGCUGUAAGGAUUAUAAGCUAUCUUGCGGGAGAAUACCUGCAAAAAAGUAUUGAAGUUUCAUUGGGCUCAUAGUUGUCCAUUAUCAGCUCAAAAUAUACGACUUUUAGGCAAUGUUUCAAGCUCAAUCUAUAUUGGUUAGAAAGAGCGUUUAAUACUGCAUCGUUUCAUAUAAAAACUAAUAUUCUUUCAUUAAAAAUUUAAUCAU